AUGGUGUCAAGAGAGAUUCACGAAGGCUCAAAGUAUUUGACAUGGGAAGGAUGGAGACAGAAGAAGCCUUGCGGGUGGGACCAAGUUCGGCUUGCUUGCGGAUCACCUUUCCUUUCUGGCACCAACUCGAGUUUCUCGGCUGAGCUACAGAGGCUUGAAGAGGAUGAACUGUCUGGCACAGAGGACACUGAAUUACUAGGUAUCGAGAUAUACGAAGUGCCAAAUAUGGAUAGAGUUGAAUUACCAGAUACUGAGAUUGAUGGACUCAUGGAAAGGAACGGACUAUCAUGGAUUGAAGCGUUGGUUGAAGAAGCGGAGAGAAUCCGCAGAUAG